AUGCUUAUCUCAGAGGUAAGCACGAUCAACUGAGCAGAUGUAGAGUGUGAUAACACACGUCAUGGCUCUGUUUCUUCAUUCGCUGUUUGUUUGGAUCAGUUCGCCACGUUGACAUCACUCACUUUGUAUUUACAGGGUCAGUGUUUUGUGGCAAUCAGCCCAGAAAACUUUGCUCCGGGGUUCAAUGGCAGGAUGACAGACUUGCUUGGCAUCCACAUAGUGAUGGAUCCAGUAAGUGCUGCUGCUACUGCUGCUCAAACGCAACAACCACUAAGCGCCAUCAUUUUAAUUGACUGUGAAACAAUGUACAGUUCUGUCACAGAGCUAAGUGUAGUGAAUGCUGCUUGUUUCUUUAGGCGGACCCUAACUGCCCUGUUCUGGUGGCUGGAGAUCCAGAGAGGAUGAACAUGAAGAAGUGUGAUGACAUGGGCGGCAUCCCUUAUCACAUAAAUGUCGUCAACUACAUGGUAAGAGAUCAAUUAUGGAGUGAAACAUGA